AAGAGGUGCUUUAUCCACCCUGUCCCGCUCUGGGUAAGAGGAAACCCUAAAGUGCUCAGGCUCAAUCAGCUUUACCCUUUUCUUUCUCUGCCUUUUCACUCACACCCGUCGGACGUGUGCAAGCUCAGGUCGAGAAUGGCAGCAUCAUCUGCACAGAGAACAAACGGGCCCUGCAAAAUGUUGGCUUUUGCCUUGCUCCUCAUCGCCUCACUAAAUGCAGGAGUCAUCGCAGAGGAAGGGAAAAUUGAAGCAGCAACGGCGCCAAAUUUGAGUGCACGAGGAGACAUGAUUGAACGAACAACUGAAGUUCCUGCUACAGGCGAUGCACAAGUCUUAGUUUUUCCUUCUGUGGGACCUCUAAAUCUGACUGAACAGACUACUACAGCAGCAGAAGCAGCAGCUACUGAAAAGGAAGGAGAAAAUAGCGGCCCUGCAACUGAGGCAACUGAGUUCACAAUUAAAGUGCUCACUGACAUACCAAAAAACGUGGAAGCAGACACCCCAGCACCAAUCCCUGCCAGAGGCGACGGCCCACAAAACAACAUACCAAAGGUACCAAAGCCGGUGCCACAGGAUGAUGUUGUCUGUGUCAGCAAAGAGGCGGUCCAGGACAAAAACGCUGUCAAUCUAAAACUCAAGGCCUCCUCCAACUGUGAAGAAACUAAAGUGAAGCUUGAAAGUGUUCUGCAGGAGCUGUGUGGUGAAGACUGUAAACUGGAGAUCUUCCAGGAGGACAACUCGGACGAAAUUCUUGUUUCUGGGAAAUAUGUUGAAGCUGAUAUUGCCGGCAUGGCUAACAAGUUCAACAAUGACAACAUCAAAGAUAAGACCGAUGUGGAGGAGGCUGUUCCUCGUUGGGGGAAGAACUCUAAGUUAGUGCUGGUUUCCUUGCUGCUGGCGGGCCUGCUGCUGGCUGCACUGCUGGUAGCUGGUUAUUACCUCAAGACCCACCGCAAGAACUCCAAAGGAGUCAGACUGGCCGAAUCUUUCCAGGUGGAUGAGGAGAACCAGGCUAAUACCCUGGUGUCUGUGGCUCCCCUGCCCCAGGAGCCGCUCGAUAAACCGACCGUCAAUGGCGAGUCUCCACCAGAAAAUGGGACCAACCCUGCCCCCACCACUAACGGACACUCUGCCACCCAAACCCCUGUGGCUGACACGGAGAUGUGAAGUGUGACACCCCUGACCUCCUGUUCUAGCCAUCACCUACUGGGACACACUACCCACAAGCCCCUCUGCUGCCUCAAAGACUGUCCAUACACUGAGACAAAUUCAACAUGAAUCCACCAAAUACAUUCACCUCCCGCUCUUCUUCUCCUCAACCUGCACCUCUAAGGAAAAUGAUGACAAUAACAAUAUUGCUCACAAAUAUGAUGAAGAUAAUGACAAUGCCUGUAAUGUGAAAAGUUUGGGAUCUCUGGCCUUUGCUGGUGUCAAGAGGAGCCUACAGUACAUAAGCUGUAAUUGGAACUGAGGCUGCUCAGCAGGGCACUAACUGGGAUUUGUUAGCUGCCCUGUUCAGUCCAGUUGUAACAAUAGUUGUAGAAUCACCAAAUAAUGCCAAAUAUUUGCUGUUGAUGUCAGAUGAAGAAGCAGAGAAUGCUCUAUUAUUUCAAACCACAAAUUGUGGUGUAAUGAAACCAAUGAAGCCAGGCACUGAUGCUCACUGCUUGACUGUUUUGUUUUUUCUAUGUGAUUCAGGAAAUGUUUGUUUUUGUAGCUUCUCUAUUUGCCUUAACCUUGAGACCCGUUAAGUGUUAAGUGUGAGACAGGCAAAGAAAAAGGGAAUGAAAUCAUCAAGUUUGAAUUUAAUGAAAGUUGGCUAUAUUAUCUCACUAAACCUUGAUAAAUACUGACCUUUGGUCAAAGUUUAACUGGGUUCAGUUGCAAAGUGCAUUUCUAUUUUUGUGGUUGUGUGGUGAGUUUUGUGACAUAAGUGUACACUUUUUUUUGACAAAUGCAAAUUUUCCCUACUCUCACUACUGUCUUUGGGAAUGGUAAAGUGUAGCAGUAUUUUAAAUUCAGACAAAAAGGAAAAAUGCAGAAAACUGACACAAACACAAAACUGAUUGGGAGUUUUCAUGUUGGGCUGGUACAGAAAACACUGCCAUGAAAUUCCAACACAACAUUCAGCAGGUUCAGCAUUCCCAAGAUGGCCUUUAACUCCUUGUUGAUAUAAAACAUUUUUUACAUCAGUGGUAUACAUUUCUUAGCUUCUCUUUUGAAAAAAAUGGUUGCUUUCAUAACAUGCUGCAUGUGUAAGUAAGCCUGCUUUCUCUGUUAGUAGUAACUGUGCCUAACUCAUAAACUGUGAUUGUUGACAAUA